AUGCCACCAAAAGUUGUAUACGGAAAGAAAAGAAAUGGCGAACGUAAUGCGUUCACGAAGUUGUUGUCGCCCGAGAAGGAAGUCGCACCCAGAAAAGUGAAAAGCCAAAAUGCGGACAGUAGCACAACAAGUGAUUGGCGGGAGCAGUUGCUGGCAGCGGCGGAAGCAGAGGAAAGCACAUUCCAGGCACCAAAUGAGGCUUCGGUACUGGAGAGGGCGUUUGAGGAUUUGCAGAUCGACAAGAAGCAAAGUGCAAAGGAGGAGAGAACUACGACAAAGAAGAGAACGAAACCACAGAAAGAAGCCAAGGCCAGCCAAGAUGUCGAUGUUACCAAGGAGAACAUUGCCCCGAUAGAGAAUGUGCUGGAACAGAGUGUGAAGACACCAGCGAUCAAUGCUGCGGAAGAUGAGGAAAACCAGACGAUGCUGCAGAAGCCCCGGAAGCCGAGAAAAGUGCUUAGCGACCGAAAUAUCAAUGCCUCGGAUCCAACAAACUGUCCGGUAGCAGCCGCACCAAGACUGAAAAAGGAGAAGAAGCGUGCUAUACCAACCCCGGUCCCUCAACUGCCUACUCCAGAACCGACACCUGAACCCGACGACCUCUAUUCCAUUUAUGCCUCCCCAUUACUAGCUCUCAGCGACAGGAAGAAGAUUGUCGCAUUUCAGGACUGGGCAGACGAGCUGGAGCCUCACUUUGAAGUUUCCAAAAUUGCAGAAGCCUCCUUCUCAGAAGUGUAUCGCCUAUCAUCGACAUCAUCAGCCAAUGGUGUCAAAGAAGAGUCUGUUCUGAAGGUGGUGGCGCUCAAGACACCGCCCACUGUUCCUCUCCCAUGCCAACUACACGGCCGCGCUGUACGAGACCUUGAAGCGCAGAUAGAAAAGGAAACAGCACAGCGAGACGAAGAUGACCAGUUCAAAUCCCUAGUCGACGAUGUUUUGUCAGAAGUCAAGCUCCUCCAAAAUCUCACUCACAUUCCCGGUUUUACAGUCUUCCGCGAUCUGACUGUUGUGCAAGGCCGGCCCUCGGCGUCCUUUAACGAUGCGUGGAAAGAGUGGAAUAAAUCGCGCCCGCGGGGCAAGAAGAGCGAAUUCCCGGACCCCAGUAAGAAAUCCAGCUACGACGAAAACCAACUCUGGGCCGUGGUGGAAAUGCAAGAUGCAGGUACCGACUGCGAAAAGAUGAUGGAGGCAGGUCAUUUAGCCUCCAUCUGGGAGGUAUGGGAUGUUUUCUGGGGUGUAGCCAUUAGCGUCGGAAAAGCAGAGGAAGCAUGUCGCUUUGAGCAUCGCGACCUGCAUCUGGGCAACAUCUGCGUGCGGUCCAGUCGGACAGGAGGCGACGUAUCGCAGCCCAGCAUCAAAGAUCCUCUGCGUCGCAAAUUGCGGUUCACAGGACUCGAUACUACAGUAAUUGAUUACACGCUUUCGCGCGCAGACGUUGUCGCUGCACCAGCAUCUCCCGCAUCAUCACGCAGAUUAUCGAGUCUAUCCCACAUCUCCAGCUCAACAGCCGCAAGCCACACCGACAACUCAGAAUCUGAAGUCGCAUACCUCGAUCUCGACAAGGACCCCGCCAUCUUCGACGGUGACGCAAGCGAAGAAUAUCAAUACGAAAUCUACCGCUACAUGCGUGGCGCAACCGUUUUUGGAAACCCAAUGGCAUUCCAACCCCCCGUUCAAUCCGCCGCGGACGAACUACUACACCGCGAAGAAAGCGAUGGCUCUGCUCCCCGUCAAAACACACACAUCCGAUUCGACCAAGAAACCGAACAAGGCAAAGACGGAAACGACAAAGAAGCAUCACCAUGGCGUUCCUUCCACCCAAAAACAAACCUCCUCUGGCUCCACUUCCUCCUCCACAAACUCCUGAACCACCUUUCUUCUUCCUCCCCUGCACCCCACAACACCAUCCCUACCAAUCACUUCCUCAUCAAGCUCACCAAUCCUUCCCCCGAUGAUAACACAGACGAUGUCGCGUCUAAAAUUGAAAAGAAAGCAGCGAGGUUGUACAAAGUACUCAGACGUGUCAGCGAGUUACUGUGUCCUGUUGCCCUGGGCAGACAAGACAGUCUGGAGAGUGUGAAGGAAUUGGUUGUCCUGGCGCUUGAGGAGAGGUGGGUUAGGGUUGGUGAUGUUGCGGGGUGA